AAUGGAUGCUUCCAAUAUACAAGUUUAUGUCAAAACUUUUUUGACAACAAACCCGGUAAUAUGAAUGAAGUUCUUUUCUUUGCUGACCUUUUACGAUUCUUAAAUAAUUUGUUUUCGUAUAGGAUUUCGCCAGGUAAUCAAAUAUGACUUUUAAAGUGAAUAGAUCACGAUAACUUCAAUAUAAUCAGGCGGUGUUGCGUUAAGUAGCAUAUACCGUCUUUUCAAACUUGUGUACAAAUGCUAUGAAUUAUUAACUUUCAUUUUGAGGGAUUGAUUGACUCUGUUGGUUUGGUGUUGACUUGUUAGACAUUUUUAAAGUAAUGUUUGCCCGAAGAAUAGCAACGACUAGUGAAUUGAGAUCAAAGUUAGUGUUGAUUAUUGCUGGAGUGCCCACUGGCUUUAAUACAUGAAACAAACAAUAACUAAGUAGUAUGUAAAUAAGGAAUGCUAGAUAAGAAGAGGGUGUUCAGAUUGGAUAUCAAUAUUUACGUGUUAAAUUACUUAUUGAUUUGAAUGACCGACAUAUGUCUGUUACUAACAAGGAUAGAUUAACCUUCUGGGAUUUUAUGGAGAAUUUUUGAUAGUUAAAAGGUGAGAGAGAUAGACCGAAGUCACCUACAGGAACUGACAAUUGAUUUUAAAAGCUUCGUGUGCUUUGAUAAAAAUAUUCUACUAAUAUUCAAAUCUUGUCACAGUUCAAGUCAGAAGAAUGAUAUCAGAAAAUGUGCCAAAUACACAGGGAAAGUUUAAUUUUGAAUCGAAGGUGCGCGACAGAAGACUUUCGGAUAUACGCCGAGGGCAACAAUAUUUGCGCCGCAUUGACAAUUUAGCAGAGACGCAAUGGAAGUCAAACGAACCCAGGUUUGGACAUAUCCGACGUGCAAACUAUGUUACGAUAAGACCUAUUACAGAUUCCUUGCAUUCCAAAACUCAGAACGAGAGAUUAAUGAAAGACAGCUUAAAAGAUGAGCUUUAUACAUCUACACCUAAUCAACGGGCUCAGUCAGAGCGAGUGCCAUCCAUACGAGAUGCCUCAAUGCAGAGCAAUUUUGAAGACAGUCAAUUUUUUCGCUCAAGUCCAAGAUCCAAAUUAAGUCUCCCUGAUUAUAUGGUUUCGCCUGGAGGUAGACAAAAAUUCUUGGAGCCUAUACACAGAAAUCCCUAUAAUAAAUACGGGUCAAGUUAUAGUCCAUUGGACGAGAAAACGGAAUUGACACCAAAGGAUAUGGAACCUAGAUAUGAACCAAUUCGAUUUCGUGAGACCAAUGCUAGAGUCGUGAAACCUCUGCCAAAGAAAUAUGUUCCAAUGAGUCGGGUCGGAAAUGAGGAAAAGGAUCGGCCUUUGAGAUAUGACACAAAUUUUAGAUCUACUAGAAACGGUGUUCUAAGCGUAAUUCAUCCGCCAGAGAUUUUUCCAGAUUCAGCAAGAAAACACACCUUAGAUUCCAUAUCUCCUCAAAAAGAGGUGAACAACGAGAAAACGUUCAUUCUCAUGCGUCGCCUGGAUCAUUUUCUUAAUCCAAACAAGAAAGAAAAGUCUAGUUUAGGAUCUAGCGAGGAGGAUCUGCCGCCAUCUAGAUCACCCUGUGUCUCUGACAUUUCUGAUGACGUCCCUUCAGAAUACCAGAGAAUUACAAGCAAAGCUAGAGGAACCCAAAAAUCAGUGUCGUUUCCAAGUAACAUGUCAACAGAAAAACCCGUAUAUCCUAUGUACCACAAAAAUUUACACAAUGCCAGGGUCAAGAAGAAAAUUUCUUCUUUUGGUGAAUCUUUAGCGGAGUUGAACAAAAGACCGAUGGACUUGUUUAAAAAAUGCCGUAUUUGGGCAAAUACAUGUUCCCAGUACACCUCCACUUGAUGAAGAAUCUCCUAAAUUAUCAUUUAUUGAUUUUUUUCUGGAAGAAUAAUGAUGUAGCCUAGCAAAU